CUGGUGGCCAUUCGAAGAGGUGGACGGAUCGAGGUUUCCCCGAGGUCUGAGGUCCUCAUCUGGGAUCUCGAGGAUUCCAAACUGUUGGAAGUUGGGACAGAUUCCAGCCUAGGCUUUGGGAGGAUCAAGAGAGCCCUGUUCUGAGCAAUGGAAAAGGGCUCUCUCAAAAGCAAAAAUGAAAAAGAACAACUCUCCAAGGCCAAGACGUCUGUAAGCAGCUUGAACAAAGUGAUUCAGACCAAACUCACUGUGGGCAAGCUGGGAUUGGGCCUGGUCGUCAUCCAGAAUGGGCCCUACCUCCAGAUUAGCCACCUCAUCAAUAAAGGGGCCGCAGCCAGUGAUGGAAUCCUCCAGCCAGGUGAUGUUCUGAUUAGUGUUGGACAUGCCGAUGUGCUAGGAUAUACGCUCCGUGAAUUUUUAAAGCUUUUGCAAAAUAUCACCAUAGGAACAGUGCUACAAAUGAAGGCUUACCGAGGCUUUCUUGAAAUACCCCAGGAAUGGCAAGAUGUAUAUGAUUUGAUCCCGGAGACCAAAUUUCCAAUCCCACACACACCAAAGAAAACGGAGCAGGCAAGAGAGUCUCUUGUAAAGGAUGACCAUGAAGAGGCAGUUUUAGAUAAAAAGCUCAAGUAUUACAGGUACCCUCGGUCAGUGUGGAAUUACCCUGUAAGGACACCGAUCUCCAUCUCCACAGAAUGGCACGGGUAUAGAAAGAAGGAGCGCACUAUUAGUGUUGGCAGAGACAUUAACUCUGAUGUAGUCAUUCACCAGGAUGACAAGAAGGAACUGAGGGCUCCUUCUCCAUACUGGGCAAUGGUGGAGCCAGACGGAGCCAUCUCCUCCUCGUCUUCCUCCACUGCCGAUUCUUCCACCUCAGACGCCUUCUGGCUGGAGGAUUACGCACAGGUUGAGGAGGGCAAAGGUAAACAGGUAUCAAAGUUUGGUUAGGUAUUGGUUUGCAAAUUUGUGGCCAUAGAACUUUUUAUUUUUAAACAUCCAAUUUUUAUGCCUUACCAUGGUGUUGGUUUGUAGAUUUCCUACACGACUCACCUGCUCUCCUCCGACCACAGAAAAGCCUUCUUCCAUCAGCAGCUCAGGACUUGAUGUGGUUUAACAGGCAGGCUCUGCAGACCUGUUCUCAGAGUCAGCAUCACUUGCUCAGAUUUUACAGUGUCACUAGAGGAACCUGCCCAAUCAUCACAAUGGCUGAACAUUUGUCUUGUACGGUACCGUUUUCCUUGAGGUUUUAGACUGGUUGUUUACAUUACAACCCCUGCCCCCACCCUCUCAGUGAUACUUUUACUGGGAAUGUCAGGACUGAAACAAGCAAGGAAGAGACAGAAGGAGUCAGACACAAAUGAAGGAACCAGCUGAGAGGAUGUUCUUUAGAAAUGCAGUUUUACUGUAAAUGGGGCAAAAUCCAGACUGUUCAGUGUUAAAGUUGUUUUUAUUUUAAAAAGCCAUCAGUAAUAAUCUGGAAUUUUUACUUUUAAAGCGGCUUAGCCUCAAUUUUAACAGUUUCUGAAAUUUCUUAAUUGAUGUAAUUGGCGAACUCAAAAAUUACUCUAUUACUGUUUUCUUUAAAGCAUUUAAUAAAUACCUGCUGACUGCUUA